AUGUCCGCAGAUACCUAUACUCUAGUUCAGUCCCGCUACGGCGACAUUGCCAAAGAAAGUGCUGCCCCCCAGCGCGGAACGGAAGACGACAUCGCCAAAGCAUUCGGCUACAGUGCCGAAGACCUCAGCACUCUGCCAGAGAAGACUAACCUCGGCCUCAGCUGUGGAAAUCCAGCGGGGUUCGCUAAUAUGAAAGAGGGCGAGACGAUCCUGGACCUCGGCAGCGGCAGCGGCAUCGACGUUCUCCUAGCCGCCCGUAAGGUGAGCUCCACGGGGCAGGCUAUCGGGGUGGACAUGACGAAAAGCACUGACAUGGUCCGAGAAAAGAAUAUGAUCGAGCUCGCCGAGAAGAACAUUCAGAAAGCAGGACUGUCUAACGCCAGAAUCAUCGAAGCAAACAUCACCGCCAUCCCGCUGCCCGACGCCAGCGUCGACUGCAUCAUCAGCAACUGCGUCAUCAACCUGGUCCCGGCGGCCGACAAGCCCGCUGUGUUCAGGGAGAUCGCUCGACUUCUGAAGCCUGGGGGCAGAGUGGCGAUCAGCGAUAUCCUGGCAAGAAAGCCGCUUCCCGACCACGUUACUGAAGACAUGGCGUUGUAUGUGGGAUGUGUGGCGGGUGCGAGUCCGGUCGAGAGAUAUGAGGAACUCCUUGGGCAAGCCGGCUUGGAAGGUGUCCUGAUUGUGGACACGAAGUCGGAUCUGAAUCUCUAUAAGGAGUCUUCGUAUCUGCCCCUGGGCUCGGGUUGUGGCUCGUGUUGCGGCGGGGGAUGCGGGACCGCGACUGCUACUGCCAUGACCGAGCUGGACUUUAAUGAAUGGGUUGGCUCUUUCCAGAUCUACGCCAUCAAGGCGUAG